AUGAAUAUGAGUGAUUGUCAGACAACAAUGUUGUCUCCUAGCCAAACAUUAACACAUAAUGUACAUGAUAAAUGUAAAGCAAAAAAACACGGUCGACAGUCUACAAUACCUCUGGAAUAUCGAGAUCAAACAAGACGAUUAAAAAAACAAAAUCUGGAACGUCGAAGACGUGCAUGUAUCUCAGAUAAAAUGAAUGCAUUACAUAAUUUAGCUAUGAAUUUAAUCGGUAAAGAUCCAACAGAAUAUCAUAAAGUUGAAAAAACCGAUAUUUUGAAUGUUUGUCACAGUGUUUUUAAAAAUGUUGUGGCUAUUGUCAACGAACAACCAGAUAUACUUGAACGUGUACAUCAACUUCGUGAUAAAUUUUACGACAAAUUAAUCACAAAUCAUUCUAGUGGAUCAAAAAAUAAACACAAUAUCAGUAACGAUGAGAAUAAUAACAGUAAUGAGAAAUUUCAUUUAAACAAUUAUACUCCAUUUAAUCAUCCUUUGAAAAUAUAUUCACAUGAUAAUUCUAAUGAUAAUGAUAUGAACAAACCACGUAAUUCAUUAAAUACUUCUAUUUCUAAUGAUAUUUCAUCUCAAUUGACUAAUUAUAAUUCAUUUCAACAUUUCAAUGCAAAACUUCAUUCAACUCCUUUAAUAUCAAUGAAGGCAUUGAAAACUUCAACAGAUAAUAAUAAUAAUAUUAAACCAAUUGUUACUACAUCAUAUUCACAAUCUCUGGACAGUGGUAUUGAAGAUAUUGAAGAUACACAAUCAAUAAAUUGUAUACAAUCACAACAGUUAUUACAAAUGUCACAACAAAUAUUUAAACAAAACUAUGAUAAUAUAAAUCAACCAGUGGAAAAUGAAGUUUAUGAACAAAUAAUUGAUUUAUCUUUUAAAAAACAGAAACAGACUAAUCAUCAUCAUCAUCAUGAGGAAAUUCAUCAAACUAAGGAAGAACAAAAUGUUUGGCGACCAUAUUUAGAUUGAUGAAUUUAUAUUCUAUCUGGCUUAUUUUUCUACUUCAUUUUCUCUUUAACAACUAUGAAUCAAAAGAAGUAUAUUCAACUGGAAGAAAGCAUCAAUUUAUUAUUAUUUUUAUACUUUUGUUCAGUUUUAUUCUUAAUAAUUUCACUUUUCCUCCCAGUAACUUGCCAUAUUCAUUACUGGUUUACUCAUGAAAAAUUUCCAUAAAUAAA